GGUCCAUUGAAAAUUUUCAAACGACUGCAUCGACGGCGCCUGCAAAAGGUCGCUGUAGUUCAAAACCAAAUUUAACGUACCGCAUCACAUAUCCGAGCAUAAAUCACGACGAUUUGCGGCUUUCUUCGCAAUAAACCAGUGAAAUUAGAUUUGCCAAAAAUUUGAAACCGGCGAAAUCAGCUGUAGCCCGUGUGUGCGGGUGCGUUGUGUGUGUGUGUGCGAGUCAGAGACAUCUCGACUGUGUGUGCGUGUGUCUGUGAGGCUCCAAUCAGAAAGCCAGGAUAUCCGAACAACGUCAGUGAAAAUUGUUAACUGAUUCCUCUACAAAAAAAAUAAAACUGGAAAAAAUGGAUGUGAACUUUGCCGAACUGAAGAAGGAGGCGGCGGCCACCAACGAGGACAUUUUCCAGCGGGCACAGAAGGCCUACGAGGACUCAGGACUCGGCGGCGAUGCUGGGAACGUGAGCGGUGGCGCCCAGGACGACAAUGCCCAUACGGAGCACUAUUUCGCCAACGAGCAAAAGAACCUGGACUUUGGUGAUCCCCAGGCCUUCGGGCAGCGCGUGUCCGCCGGCGCCAAGGAUGCGCAGAAGCAGCUGGACUCAAAGUUCGCCCAGGAGGUCGACGAUUUCGAGGGCUUCCUAAGCGAUGCCGGAAAGGAGAUCAAACAGGGCAUCUCUGGACUGACCACUGACUUUAUGAACGCCGAGCGGGGCUUCGCGGCUCCCUUGGCACAGUUCGCAGAGGCACCUGCUCCAGUGGCGGUGGCCCCAACUCCAGUGGUUCCAGCACCAGUGGCACCCACUUCCGCUCCUGCUGUUCCAGCUCCUGUGCCCGUGGAGGAUGAUCUGCUGGGCAGCUUCAGUGACCAGCCCUCGGCUCCGCUCCAGGCCUUCCAGCCCACAGCACCGUCCAAGGCCAAUUUCUAUGACGACGAGGAGGAUGACUUCCUGGGCAAGCCGCCCAGCUCGGCUACUCCAGCUGCUCCACUGACCAAUGCCAACCAGGAUUCAGAUACCGAAUCACCGUCCGUCUCGUACACUCCCUCGCCGGCCAAAAAACCCAUAGUGGAUGCCUUGAAGGAGCAGGACAACGAGAAGUUCAUUUCGUCGGAGGAUCUGCUCAGUGAUUUCAAGGAGGAGCCACGCACAGCGGUGACAGCCGCACCCAUUCCGGCUCCCACUCCCAUUGUUGCUGCUCCUGUGGCGCCAGUUGCCAAACCCCCGCCGGUUCCAGUGGCUGUUCCCGUGACAACCGCUUUGGUAACCGACCUGGAUGACGAGGAGGUGGUGUUCAAGCCCAGCGUCCAGGAGGCACCGAAGGCACCCGCACCAGCACCGAAGGCACCCGCACUCGCACCCGAACCGAAACCAGAGCCGCCCAAGCCCAAGGAGGAGCCGCCCAAGCCGAAGGCUGUUCCAGUGCCAGCUGAAUCGUCGCCGCCGCAGCCCAAGAUUGUGUCCGUGGAGGAGAUCUUCUACAAAUAUGGAUUGGAUGCCUGGUUCAAGCCCGAACGUUUGCACCCGCAAGUGGAAUCCCUUAUCUACUGGCGCGAUGUGAAGAAAUCCGGCAUUGUUUUCGGCGCCGGCCUGAUCACAUUGGUGGCCAUCUCCAGCUUCUCGGUGAUCAGCGUGUUUGCCUACUUGUCGCUCCUGGCUCUCUUCGGCACCGUGGCCUUCAGAAUCUACAAAUCGGUGACACAGGCCGUGCAAAAGACAAACGAGGGACAUCCCUUUAAGGAAUAUCUGGAGCUGGAUCUGACGCUGUCGCAGGACAAGGUGCAGAACAUUGCCGGCGUGGCUGUGGCACAUAUCAAUGGCUUCACCUCCGAGCUGAGGCGUCUGUUCCUGGUUGAGGAUAUCAUCGAUUCGAUCAAGUUCGGCGUCAUCCUGUGGGUCUUCACCUACGUGGGUGCCUGGUUCAACGGCAUGACUCUGGUCAUCUUGGCCUUUGUCUCGCUGUUUACCUUGCCCAAGGUCUACGAGAACAACAAGCAAUCGAUCGAUACCUACUUGGAUCUGGUGCGCAGCAAAUUGACAGAAAUCACCGACAAGAUCCGAGUGGCCAUCCCCAUUGGCAACAAGAAGCCCGUGGCCGCUGCCGAGUCUGACAAGGACAAGUAAACAACCCGCACUAGCUACAGAAACAACCACAAUAAAAACAUGUUUAUUUAUUUAUUAAGCAUUAUUUGAAUGGUUUUAAUAUUCAUCCAGGCAUUAAAUAAAUAACAAAUCUAGCAGCAAUGUUUACAUAUUAAUUGUAUAAUUGCAAUCUACAUCAAUCGAUAAUUGUAAAUCAAAUUUAUAGAAACCCAAACAACUUAUCAACCAACAACUCGUAGCAGUUUCAAACAUUGUCCAAGUGUCUUUAAGUUUUUAACGAACGAAACAAAAAAACAUUAAAAGUGAGGGAAAUUAAGAAGUAAACGAUUAUAUAGACGCAGCAAUGCAAUUAAAAGUUUUUAUGAGUUCCAGCAAUUUUUAAUUCAAUUCAAAUGUCAUCAUUUCAAUUUACUCAACUUUCUUAGUUUCCAUUGUGAACCUUUUUAAUUAAUUCUUUGCUUUAGUUUUAGUUUUACUAUUUUGUUGAUUUUUUGUAUAAAACAACAAGAAGAACUAAGAUUACUCUUAAAACAAACAAACAAGAAAAAAUCAAAUAAAAAAUGAAGUAAAAAAAUCCACAAC